CCGACCCGCCCUCCCUGCCGCCUGCGCCGCGGCCGCUGCAGCUACUGCGGCGGGGGCGCGGGGGCUCCCGGGCUGCGUUGGGCACAGCUCCGGCGCGGCGCGGACUGGAGGCGAGGGGGCCGCGGCAGGCCCCAAGCUGAGGCGGGACCGGGGCACCCCCGCCACGCCUGCCCGGGAUGCGGCGCUGAGGCCCAGCAUGGCCGGCCCGGGCCCCACCUUCCCGCUGCACCGGCUCGUCUGGGCGAACCGGCACCGCGAACUGGAGGCCGCGCUGCACAGCCGCCAGCACGACAUUGAACAGGAAGACCCCCGGGGGCGCACUCCCCUGGAACUGGCUGUGUCCCUGGGGAACCUGGAGUCUGUGAGAGUCCUCCUUCGACACAAUGCCAACGUGGGCAAAGAGAGCUGCCAGGGCUGGGCAGUCCUGCAGGAGGCAGUCAGCACUGGGGACCCUGAGAUGGUGCAGCUGGUGCUCCAGUAUCGGGACUACCAGAGGGCCACACAGAGGCUAGCUGGCAUUCCGGAAUUGCUCAACAAACUUCGUCAGGCCCCCGAUUUCUACGUGGAAAUGAAGUGGGAGUUCACCAGCUGGGUGCCCCUUGUGUCCAAGAUGUGCCCGAGCGACGUGUACCGUGUGUGGAAGCGGGGUGAGAGCCUGCGGGUGGACACCAGUCUCCUGGGCUUCGAGCACAUGACCUGGCAGCGCGGCCGGAGAAGCUUCAUCUUCAAGGGCCAGGAGGCCGGAGCCCUGGUGAUGGAAGUAGACCACGACCGGCAGGUGGUGCACACAGAGACUCUGGGGCUUGCCCUGCAUGAGCCCGAAGUGCUGCUGGCAGCCAUGCGGCCCAGUGAGGAGCACGUGGCCAGUCGCCUCACCUCUCCCAUCGUCUCCACCCACCUGGACACUCGCAAUGUGGCCUUUGAGAGGAACAAAUGUGGUAUCUGGGGCUGGCGGUCUGAGAAGAUGGAAACCGUUAGCGGCUACGAGGCCAAGGUGUACAGUGCCACCAAUGUGGAGCUGGUGACACGCACACGCACGGAGCACCUCUCUGAUCAGGACAAGUCACGGAACAAAGGGGGGAAGACUCCGUUCCAGUCCUUCCUCGGGAUGGCCCAGCAGCACUCCUCCCACAAUGGGGCUCCUGUGCAGCAGGCAGCCAGCCCCACCAACCCCACAGCCAUUUCCCCCGAUGAAUACUUUGACCCCAACUUCAGCCUGGAGUCACGGAACAUCGGCCGCCCCAUUGAGAUGUCCAGCAAAGUACAGAGGUUCAAGGCAACACUAUGGCUGAGCGAGGAGCACCCGCUCUCCUUGGGAAACCAGGUGACGCCCAUCAUCGACCUAAUGGCCAUCAGCAAUGCUCACUUUGCCAAGCUGCGUGACUUCAUCACCCUACGCCUCCCACCUGGCUUCCCGGUCAAGAUCGAGAUUCCCCUUUUCCACGUGCUCAACGCCCGCAUCACCUUCAGCAACCUGUGUGGCUGUGACGAGCCCCUGAGCUCAGUGUGGGUGUCAGCCCCUGGCUCUGCGGUGGAAGCUUCAGGGUGCCCUUUCCCAUGUGAGGUGGACCCCGCUGUGUUCGAGGUGCCCGAGGGGUACAGCGUGCUGGGUGCGGAGCGCAGCGAGCCCCUCCGCGACGAGGAUGACGACCUGCUGCAGUUCGCCAUCCAGCAGAGCCUGCUCGAGGCGGGCACAGAGGCCGAGCAGGUAACUGUCUGGGAAGCCCUGACCAACACCCGGCCAGGCGCCCACCCACCUCCCCAAGCCGCGGUGUAUGAGGAGCAGCUUCAGCUGGAGCGGGCCCUCCAGGAAAGCCUGCGGAUGUCCACAGAGCCCAGGGGUCCCGGAUCCCCUCAUAGGACGCCCCUGACCCCAGCUCCCCCAAGCUUUGAGGAGCAGCUGCGCCUGGCCCUGGAGUUAUCCUCACGGGAACAAGAGGAGCGGGAGCGCCGAGGGCAGCAGGAGGAGGAAGACUUACAGCGGAUCCUGCGGCUCUCGCUCACAGAGCACUGAGCACCAAGCACCCUGGGAGGGCUGUCCGGGCCAUGCCCCCAUCCGCUUUUGUAACUUAUUUAUUUAUAAACUGUUUGCUGCUGAGUUCCAGGCCUGGAGCCCUAGGGGUGGGCUUGCAUUAGAGACCAAGAUGGAAAUAAAGAGAC